CGCGCCCUCCAGCCCGCUGCGCGCCGGCCGCCGCCUGGUCAUGUCAGGAUGGAGAUCCGGCAGCACGAGUGGCUCUCGGCCUCCCCCCACGAGGGCUUCGAGCAGAUGAGGCUCAAAAGCCGCCCCAAAGAGCCCUCGCCGAGCCUGACCCGAGUGGGCGCGAACUUCUACAGCAGCGUCAAGCAGCAGGACUACAGCGCCAGCGUCUGGCUCCGGAGGAAAGACAAGCUGGAGCACUCCCAGCAGAAGUGUAUCGUGAUCUUCGCCCUGGUGUGCUGCUUUGCCAUUCUCGUGGCAUUAAUAUUUUCUGCCGUGGACAUCAUGGGAGAGGACGAGGAUGGGCUCUCAGAAAAAAAUUGUCAAAAUAAAUGUCGAAUUGCCCUGGUGGAAAAUAUUCCUGAAGGCCUUAACUAUUCAGAAAAUGCACCAUUUCACUUAUCACUUUUCCAAGGCUGGAUGAACUUACUCAACAUGGCCCAAAAGUCUGUUGACAUAGUGUCCUCCCAUUGGGAUCUCAACCACAGUCAUCCAUCAGCAUGUCAGGGUCAACGUCUUUUUGAAAAGUUGCUCCAACUGACUUCGCAAAAUAUUGAAAUCAAGCUAGUGAGUGAUGUGACCGCCGACUCAAAGGUAUUAGAAGCCUUGAGAUCAAAGGGCGCAGAGGUGACCUACAUGAACAUGACCGCCUACAACAAGGGCCGGCUCCAGUCCUCCUUCUGGAUCGUGGACAAGCAGCAUGUCUACAUCGGCAGCGCUGGCUUGGACUGGCAGUCGCUGGGACAGAUGAAAGAGCUCGGGGUCAUCUUCUACAACUGCAGCUGCCUGGUCCUGGACUUACAGAGGAUAUUCGCUCUGUAUAGCUCAUUAAAGUUCAAGAACAGAGUGCCUCAGACCUGGUCCAAGAGGCUCUAUGGCGUCUACGACAACGAGAAGAAGUUGCAGCUUCAGUUGAACGAAACCAAAUCUCAAGCCUUUGUGUCGAAUUCUCCCAAGCUCUUCUGCCCCAAGAACAGAAGCUUCGACAUCGAUGCCAUCUACAGCGUGAUCGAUGAUGCCAAGCAGUACGUCUACAUCGCAGUCACAGACUACCUGCCCAUCUCCAGCACCAGCACCAAAAGGACUUACUGGCCAGACUUGGAUGGGAAAAUAAGAGAAGCAUUAGUUUUGCGAAGCGUUAAAGUUCGACUCCUUAUAAGCUUCUGGAAGGAAACUGACCCCCUUACAUUUAACUUUAUUUCAUCUCUUAAAGCUAUUUGCACUGAAAUAGCCAACUGCAGUUUGAAAGUUAAAUUUUUCGAUCUGGAAAGAGAGAAUGUGUGUGCUACAAAAGAACAAAAGGAUCACACCUUUCCUAAAUUAAAUCGCAACAAAUACAUGGUGACGGACAGCGCAGCUUAUAUCGGCAAUUUUGACUGGGUGGGGAAUGACUUCACCCAGAACGCCGGCACAGGCCUCGUCAUCAACCAGGCGGACGUGAGGAACAACAGGAGCAUCAUCAAGCAGCUGAAGGAUGUGUUCGAGCGGGACUGGUACUCGCCCUACGCCAGGACCCUGCAGCCGACCAAGCAGCCGAACUGCUCGGACAUGUCCAGGCUCAGACCCCCCACCAACAAAACUGCCACGUACCCCCGCAGCGCGAAGGACCCCGCCAGCGUAUCCCGUGAAGGAACAAACUGACAGGACAGCUCGUCUUUCCUAUUUAUAUAGAAAGGACUUGAGGAGAGUUUAAAAAACAAAAACAAAAACAAAAAACCCCACACAAUUUAAUAUGUCUUUUUUAGGGAAAAAGCACACUUCCACAAAAAUAUUCUCCGCACGCCCUGUAAUAUCUUAUCUAACAGUAUCCUAGCGGCGUGUGCACGAAGUUUAGGACUUUUGUAUUUGUUACUCCUGACAGAGAAUGUCAUUUCAGCUCGGAAGUUAGUUUUUACGUUUGCAUACCGAUUUUAAGACUCUGAUGCCUCUCCCUUCCUAGUUUUAGACCUUUUUCUGCCGACCCAACUGGUCGGUCCUUUCAAAGCUUAGCAUGAGGUAAGUGCUUUCACACCCCUCUGAGAUCGGCUUCUGAGAGAGGCGGGUGAGGCUUUCACCACGGCCAAGGGACUGACCCAGCCAAGAACUUAGCCCGUAAACCACGUCCAAGGGCCUGCAGUCGCCGAGCGUGAGCGGCGCACAUCUCGUGCCGGCCUCCGCGCGCUCGGAAACCACGCUUUGGCCUCUUUGUUCAUUUUCUUCAAAUUCCGUACCUUUUACUUGGUACCAUUUUUUUCUCUUCUCAGAGAAUGUCCUCCUUAUUAGCAUCAGCGUCCCUCUGUCCGCCUCCACACUAGUUCCAAGUAUGGCAACGUUUCUGGGAAACGUAUGAAUUCCUCCGAAUGGAUACCAAGUGGAAAUAGCAGUCUUUAAUGUUCACCUUCCAACUGCAUUUUCCCCUCAAAUUACGAGUUUAAAAACCACAGCCAGCAAUAGGUACCUUUUCUCUCAAGCUCGGAAAAAUUAGGUAGCUACCUGCGAAAAUCCAGCAAGCGAUUAGGUCUGCAUUAUGAGAAUAAAGUAGUUUCUCACUUUUUUUUUUUGUUGUUGUUAGCUUAAUGGUAUUAUACCAGCAAGAUCUCUAUGCAUCCGUGGAUUUUAAUUUCUUUAGAACCAUUCAUUAUGCUGUUAAGGGUAUGCCAGCAAACCUUUAUAGAGCUAUUUAAUAUACCAAAUGCUUUUCAGAGAAAUGCAAUUUAAAUACUGUGCUUCACAUAUUUUACUAAGAAACAAAAAUAUUGGAUUAUUGUUCUAUAACGUCGUCGUGUGUUGCUGUUUUCUAUCUAUACAAUAUAUAGCCCUAUAUUAAUGGAGACCGUUGCCCCCCGUCGAGACCGGCAUGGCCUCUCUAGAGCCCAGAGCAGGUGACCACCAGGAUGCCAGUCUCAAGGUCGCUCCUAACCCCCGCGGGCCUGGAACAGGGUCCUGAUCUCCUUGACCUUGGGUUUCUGUUGGCAACGUAGGGACGAUCAUACCUACCUCGCGUAGAUGUUGUCACGGUAGGAAAUAUUUAUAACUUGUUUUGAAAUCAAAAAGAAUCUAUAUAAAUGCUAAGGUAAGCAUU